GGUGUGCUGCUGCCGGCCUCACAGUGCCCACCCGUGCCUGCCAGUGCCCAUCACCACCGAAGCCCCUCCGGGGCACGCAGGCAGGGACCACCUCGCUCAGCUGCGGCACCAACUCCUGGAGCUCCUGGCCAGGGGUAAGGUGAGGCCCUUGGGGCCACGGUCCCUCAGAGAUGGCCCGGCGGUGGCUGCCCUGUCUCCUGCUUCCUGCCCUCAUGGUGUCCGUGGCAGCCAAUGUGCCCCCGAAGUUUCUGUCCAACUUGACGAUCGUGUCCCUGCCUGAGGACCUACCAGUGGGUGCCGAGGCCUUCUGGAUCGUAGCUCAAGACCUGGAUAAUGACCCUCUGACCUAUGGGAUUAGUGGCACUUACGCCUAUUUCUUCUCUGUCAACAAAGACACCGGGGAAGUGACGCUGGCGAGCCCCCUGGACUUCGAGACACAGUACUUCUUCAGCAUCUCCAUCUCUGUGACUGACAGUAUCAACAACCCGGUGCAGAAGCAAUUGCCUGUGGUGGUGGAAGACAGAAAUGACAAAGCACCCAUUUUCCAGAACACCGACUUCUCUACCAGCGUCAGUGAGAUGCUGCCAGUCGGCUCCCUGGUGUUCUCUGUGCUGGCCACGGACCCGGACACUGGCUCAGGGGGCUUGGUGCAGUACUCCAUAGAGAGGGUCAUCCCUAGUACCCCAGACAGCGAGCAUCUCUUCAAGAUCCUGGAAAACGGCUCCAUUGUACUCAACGGCAGCCUCAGCUACAAUAACAAGAGCGCCUUCUAUCAGCUGGAGCUGAAGGCCUGCGACUCAGGUGGCUGGUUCAACAACAGCUUCAUCACACAGUGCUCCCAGCCUGUCUUUCUGUCCAUCUCAGUGAUUGACCAGCCAGACCUGGACCCGCAGUUUGUCAGGGAGUUUUACUCAGCCUCUGUGUCUGAGGAUGCAGCUGUGAACACUUUGGUGCUGACGGUGCAGGCUGUGGACGGAGACAAAGGCAUCAAUGACGUGGUGACCUACAGCAUCUCCAAUUCCACAAGGCCUGGAUGGUUUGCUAUUGGGGAUGAUGGCGUCAUCAGGGUCAGCGGCCCCCUGGACCGUGAGCAGCUCCUGGAGGAGAAUGAGGAAGUGCAGUUGCAGGUCACGGCCACUGAGAAGAACCUCAAUAUCUAUGGGCAAGAGGCCAAGGUGAGCACGUGGGUCACAAUAACAGUGUUGGAUGUCAAUGACCACAAACCGGAGUUUUACAACUGCGUCCUCCCAGACUGCUCCUUCACCACCCAAGAGGCCCAAGACAACUUCACCGCCUACGUGGAUGAGCACUCCUCCACCCGCAUCCCCAUUGACAAUCUCACCAUGGUGGCCUACGACCCAGACAAGGGCAACCAUGGCACCUUCCUGCUGUCCCUGGAGGGCCCUGAUGCUGCAGCAUUCAGCGUGUCCCCUGGGCGGGCAGCGGGCUCAGCCGAUGUGCAGGUGCUGGUGAGAGAUUCGAAGGCGGUGGACUAUGAGAACCGGAGCAUGAUGCUGGUGCAGGUUGUGGCCACUGACUCGGUCAGCAGGAACUCCUCUGUUGCCACGGUGACCAUCCAUCUUAGAGACAUUAAUGAUCAUAGGCCCACAUUCCCCCAGAGGUUGUACAUCCUCAGUGUGCCGGAGAACAGUGCUACAGGGUCUGUGGUCACCAGCAGCAUACAUGCUGAAGACCCAGACACGGGAGAAUGGAGCCACAUCACCUACAGCCUGCUCCCAGGGAAUGGGGUUGAACUCUUUGAGGUGGAUCCGGACUCAGGGACGGUGAUGGUGAGGAAUGGCACUCUACUGGACCGGGAGAAGCAGGCCGUGUACUACCUCACGCUGCAGGCCACGGAUGGGGGCGACCUGUCUGACACCACCAUGCUGCAGAUCCACCUGCUGGACGAGAACGAUAACGCCCCUGUGGUCACUGGCUCCUACAACAUCUUCAUCCCGGAGGAGGGCAAUGUCUCUGUGAUCAUCCAGGCCUACGAUGAUGAUGAGCCAGGUACCAACAACAGCCGCCUGUCGUUCAGCCUCCUGCCUGGGCCCUACAGCCAGAACUUCUCAGUGGACCCCGACACGGGGCUCCUCAGGAAUGUGGGGCCCCUGGACCGGGAGGCCAUUGACCCGGCCCUGGAGGGCCGCAUCGUGCUGACUGUGCGUGUGGCUGACUACGGCGUGCCUCGCCUCAGCACCGAAGUCAACGUCACCGUCACUGUGGAGGACAUCAAUGACAACCUGCCUGUCUUCACCCAGUCCACCUACCAAUUCUUCGUGAAGGAGAGGGAUGCAGGAGUGCUGGUGGGCGUAGUGGAAGCCUGGGAUGCAGACCAGACGGAAGCCAACAACCGCAUCAGCUUCAGCCUGUCGGGGGCUGGUGCCAACAACUUCAUGCUCCGAGGUGUGGUGCUGGGGUUUGGGAGGGCUGAGGGCCGGCUCUCGCUGCCCUCGGACAUAAGCCUGGACUAUGAGGUCCAGGACUCCUUCCAGCUGGAGGUGAGCGCAGAGAACCCAGGCACCCAGGGGCGUGAGGCCACUGCAGGAGUCAACGUGACUGUGGUGGAUGUGAAUGAUGAGCCACCCACCCUGGUCGAAGCCUCGCUGCAGGGCAUCUCUGUGGCUGAGAAUGGCUCACAGCACGGAGAGGUGGCUGUGGUGGUUGCCCAGGAUGUGGACACGGGGGCCCAGCUGGAGAUACAGCUGGUGAACGUCAUCUGUACCAAGGCCAGCGCUGACGCGGGCAGCGUGUGUCAAGACUGGUUCUCGGUGGCAGCCAAUGGCUCUGUGUACAUCAGUCAGAGUGAGGCCAUUGACUACGAGGCCUGUGACCUGGUAACACUCGUAGUGCAGGCCUACGACCUCAACACGGAUCCCCGAUUCCAGGCCUACAGCAAAGAUGGAAACCUCCCCAUCACCAUUGAGGAUGUGAAUGACAACGCACCCUAUUUUCUGCCGGAAAGUAAGACUUUUGUGAUCAUCCCGGAACUUGUGCUGCCCAACCAGCAGGUGGCGUCUGUUCAGGCCAGAGAUGCUGACUCAGGGGAAAACGGGGUCAUCGUGUUCUCCAUCCUCCAAGUGGAUUUCAUCUCUGAGCACCCCACUACGGCCCCCUUCCAGGGCUACUUCCGGGUCGUCACGUCCUCGGAGGCCGGCCUGUUUAUUGGCAGCAUUGAGUUGGUGACCAACCUCGAUCCCACCCUCCAAGGCACUUAUCAGGUGACGGUCAAGGCCCAGGACAGCCCUUCAGUGGGUCCUGUGCUGGAGGCCACAGUGCCCCUGAAUCUCUUCACAGUGGCCCAGAGUUACCGCGUGAGGCUGCAGUUCUCCACCUACAAGGAGGAGGUGGGCGCCAAUCUGGAGGCCAUUAAGGAGGCCCUGACCCAGGCGACCAAGACUUCCAUCUACAUCGUGACCAUUCAGGACAUGGACUCCUCAGCCAGGGCCCAAGCCCACUCCUACAUUGACGCCUACUUUGUCUUCUCCAACGGGACGGCCCUGACGCUGAACGAGCUGAGUGUGAUGAUCCAGGGAGACCAGGGAGCACUCACACAGCUGCUGCAGCUGGGGCUGGUGGUGCUGGGCUCCCAGGAGGGCCAGGAGUCGGAACAGCAUAAACUGCUCACCAGUGCUGUCAUAGGAUUGGCGGUGGCUUUGCUGCUGGUCCUUGUGGUUGCAAUUAUGGCCUUUGUGUGUGUGCGGAAGAGCUACCAGCGGAAGCUCCGGGCUAUGAAGGCUAGCAAGGAGGCUCAGAAGACUGCGGCAGGGAUGGUGCCUUCAGCCCCUGCCAUGCCUGGGACUAACAUGUACAACACCGAGCGGGCCAAUCCCAUGCUGAACCUCCCCACCAAGGACCUGAGCUUGGACUUCCUUGCCUCCUCCAGUGACUUGGACUAUGUCAGCCUCAACUCCCUGGAUGACAACUCUGUGGACCUGGACAUGGACAGUCUGGAAACCAAGAAGGAGUCUCCUCGCAGUGCACCAGAACCAUAUUCAGAGCCUGAGCCUCUGGAGGUGGUGCUGUCAGGAAGAAAGGCAGGCCCGCGGGGACAGCAGCAGGAGGGCUUAUUCUUCACCAACGCUGGCCUGGACACCACAGACCUGUGAUGGAGGCCCCCGCUCUUCUGGCACCCCAGAAACUGCACCCACCCCUCUCUAACCACACCCACUCCUCUCUGUGUGUAAUAAUAUAUGACACUGCUUUGCC